CGUCGCUUAUGUAAUCCCACACUCCGAGAGAAUCACAUCACAUCUACUCACCAGCCUCACUGGCUGUCUUGCAUCGGCAUGAGCCUCUUCUUCAGCAAGCCUAUCACAGUGAAAGUGGAAACCCUACCGGAGGAUCCGCAAACUCCGGGAGCGGUUUUUCUUGGACAAGACGUCUGGUCUUCCUUGUACUUGGGCGAUUCGAAAGCGGCGAUAUGGAUUAGACCGACCAGCGGUGGUGUCAGCAAGAAACAGGCUCAGGGUCUACUGUGUUGGGCUACUUGCGAUCCAAAGGUGUCGAGCCUCGCGGUUGGGCCGUCCUGGUUUUUAAGAAACUCGGGUAUUUUCCAGCCACCCCAGACGCAUGCCGGUGCAACUGUUGCAGCAUGCGUGGAGGUCACAAAGGCAGAGCAUGGGACCUUGCAAGAAGUUGUUUUGUCUGCAUCGACUCACGAAGCGUUCAUGGUAGCGUCAUCGGAGGGCCCAGCGCUUGAAAACUGGUUUUUCGAGCAGUCUACAAUCAUUCACGAUGGCGAGGACAUUUCUCUUCCGCUUUCCGCGUUCUCCGCUAGUGGCUCGUCGCCAGGCGGACCACCGUUCUACUCUUAUCAGGUAUAUCUUACUCUACCUGGACGGCAAGGUAUUGCGACGCGGGGGGUUACACGUAUAAUGGUAAUUGCCCCGCGGACCGACCCUGUUGUGGAAACCAAAUCGCUUUCCGGCCAGGACAGUUGGCAAGAAAAUUUGGAGAUUAGUGAAUCGUUUCUGGUUUCGUCGACAUUGGCUGCGCCCCCAACAACGUUACGCGAUGCUGAUCCUCCCGGAGUGACUUUUUUUGUCAAGCCUUUACCAAGUCCUGUCAAUCCGCAGCUGGAUGACCUCUCCAUUUACAUUCGUACCAGUGAUUUGCGCCUCCUUGGGGUUUUGACUCGUGACUGGGCACUCGUACAACAUGUUGUGUCAGGCACAAGUCGAAUGGUCCGUGUCUGCGCUCUAGACGGGAUGGAGUCUGCACAGCAUUUCGCAAUGUUGUCGCCCUCCAUGCUGUUUAACCUGUGCCCAUCGUUUUCUGAUCACACUGUCGUUCGUGUGUUUCCAUUGGGAAGUGAGCCCCUCGUUGUCCCAGUUGCGAAGUGCAUAUCUCUCUCCCGCAUACUGUCCCCGCUUUCCAACAGCCGGAAGUAUGAGCCGUCCUAUAUCGCUGCUUUACGAUCGUAUUUCACCGCGUCCCGGAGACUAGUAAAACAGGGCGACAUCAUUGUAUUGUCUAUUAAUGUAGAUUCUGCCCUGGAUCCGUACUGGGUGUUACCCGAGAAUCAUCAUGGUCCUUGUCAUCUUGCAAGCGCGCUGGUGUAUUUCGUCGUCCGGUCUAUGGAAUAUGACCCCAUUAAAUCCGGGGUGGCUCAGCUUCAUGGCAAGGACGUGCCGACCCCCGCUACACUUGAUAUUGGUUGCUUUGUGGAUGUAGAGGGCACACGCAUUGUGCAAGUUGGCGCCCACUCUAGCCGUAUUCCGGAUAUGUGUCAUUACCUUGGGAUUGGUCAACCUAUAUACUCCGACCCUAGCAAGACUGACCAACUUUCUCAGUUGUCAAAUGCAAGUUCCCUUGGAGAAGCCAUCAAAUCAAUACAUCCGUCUAUUCUCUUAAAAGGCGCACGAGGAGCUGGCAAGUUCUCUGCUGCCAUGGAUGUCGCUCGGAAGCUAGGCUUACAUGUCGUAGAAGUCAAUUGCUAUGAACUUUUAUCGGAAGGUGAACCUGGAGUGGAGAGCCUACAGGCGUGGCUAGGGGGUGCUCUUGACCAUUCACCAUGUGUAAUCAUCAUACGUCACUUCCAUGCUCUGCAUCAGUUAGUCCAUAGGAUGGGAGAAGGUGGGGCUUUGUGGCAACCCUUGCAGAAGGUCAUGGACAGUGUGUCAAACCAAGCUAUUGUAAUUGCUACAACGAGUGACAUGGCUGUCGCGCCUGGCAGUGUUUCUUUUGUCAGUGAGAUGGAGGGGGAGGCCCUUGAUGAACAUGCAAGGCUCAACUUACUGCUGGAGCAACUAGAUGAUGAUAGGUUGAUCCAUGUUCUUGGACAGGAUGUAUCUAUCACAUCUCUUGCAAUUCAGAUGGCUGCAGUGGUUGCAUCUGACAUUGUCCACCUAGUGUUUCGAACUAGAAUCCUUUCUGUGGCCAGCACUUCAUGCAUGAUGACAGAAACAGUCUUGCAGGCUGGGCACUUUGAAACUGUACUACAUAGAUUGAGGGCAUCCUCAGCCCAGAGUAUGGGUAUGCCAAGUAUUCCAAGUGUGCGAUGGGAUGAUGUAGGUGGACUUGCUGGUGUUAAAACUGAGAUUCUUGAUACAGUUCAACUGCCUUUGGAUCAUCCUGAGCUGUUUGAGCAGGGACUUAAGAAGAGAUCAGGUGUUUUGCUUUAUGGCCCUCCAGGAACUGGAAAAACCUUGCUUGCCAAGGCAGUGGCAACAUCUUGUUCACUGAACUUCUUAUCUAUUAAGGGACCUGAACUUCUGAAUAUGUACAUUGGUGAAUCAGAAGCCAAUGUUAGGAGGGUUUUUCAAAAAGCCAGAGAUGCCAGGCCAUGUAUCAUCUUCUUUGAUGAACUGGAUUCAGUGGCACCCAAGAGAGGCAAUCAAGGGGAUUCGGGAGGUGUUAUGGAUCGCAUUGUUAGCCAGCUGCUGGCAGAAUUGGAUGGGAUAGGUACUGGAGAGGCAGAUGUGUUUGUGAUUGGUGCAACCAAUCGACCUGAUCUGCUGGAUUCAGCAUUGCUUCGUCCUGGGAGAUUUGACAGGAUGAUUUAUUUGGGUGUCAGCAGUGAUCAUAAUGCACAGCUGGCAAUAUUGCAGGCAUUGACUCGCAAAUUCAAGCUGCAUGCUGACAUGGACCUUUAUGCCAUUGCUUGUCAAUGUCAAAUGACUUAUACAGGAGCAGAUUUUUAUGCCUUGUGUGCAGAUGCAAUGCUGCAAGCCCUGUCAAGGAAAGUUCAAGUGCUGGAGGACAAACGAGCCUACCUGAAUGCUCUGCAAUGCUCUCAAAUUUCCUCUCAGUUCUACAUCUCAGAAAUGGUGUCUGCAGGAGACAUGGAGGUUAAUAUUUCCAUGGAGGAUUUUAUGGUUGCCUUACAGGAGUUAACACCAAGCAUCAGUGAAGAGGAGCUGGAUUAUUACAUUAAUAUUCAGAGCAGGUUGCAUUCAGGAGAUUAACACAUAUCUGGUUCCUAGUUCUAGAAAUGUUUGAGUGACUUUGUCCUGAUGUUGAUAGAAACUGUCAAGUCCACAGUCCAAUGAUCUCCAAUGUUGCACAGCUCAGAAGAGCUGAAUAGAAUGAGAUUGAUGUGUGUCUGUGUCACAUACAUGACUCCUGGACUCAAGCCCAGUACAGUCUAGACUCAC